GUAUUUUUUAGUAUCAAAUCGAAAAACCGGCAAUUGUCAAAAUAUUUUGAUUUUUCAAAUUGUCACAAAGUUUUUUUUUUAAAGCUGAAGUAUUUUGAGAAAAAUAGCACAUAAAAUUACAUAAACCGCUGAACUAUCAAGAUGUUCCGUCAACUAAGGAUGAGCUUGGAUGUUUCGGCCUGGAUAUUUAUGCCCUGGAGACGUACUGCAUCCAAUUUUCAAGAUCCACAGCUGCCGCUGUCGAGCACCUUAAACGAUGUGAUUGUGGACUACGAGGAUCCGGAUUACCUGCCCCUGCCUGAGUACCCGACACGUCCCAAUGAGCCCUUGGAUAUUCGCAAGCAAAGACUCCUCUACCAAUCCCGCAAGCGAGGCAUGUUGGAAAAUGACCUCCUGCUCAGCACCUUUGCAGCCAAGCAUCUGAAGGAAUUCAAUGCCGAACAGACUGCACUCUACGAUCAGUUGAUUAACGGGGUCACCAACGACUGGGAUAUAUACUACUGGGCCACCGACGUGAAGCCCACGCCCAAGGAGUAUGACACCGAGAUCAUGAAGUUGUUGAAGGAGCACGUCAAGAAUGCCGAGCGGAUCUCCCGUCUGCGUCAGCCGGAUCUAAAUACUUGAGAGUAUCUAUACACAGGUCCUUCUAUAACCUUUAGUUUUGAUCCUGAAAUUUGAACUGGAAAUGAGUUUACAUUAUCAGGAUAUUCUAGUUAUAUCUGCACUAAAUUUUACCAAAAAAUAUACAUAAAGAGAGAGAGUUAGUUUAAAAAUCGAA